UUUUGAGCUGUACAUAUGUGAGAGAGAGAGAGAGCGCAUGACAAGGCUUUUGCGGAGGGUCUGUUCUUGCUAGGCGCACUUCCUCUCAUGGAGGGGCACUAAAAAUGCGCUGCCACGUCGCUCAGUUUGUCAUGGGGGGGGGAGCACCCUUUGAGCCGAUGCCGACCAACGCCAUCUGAAUAUGUUGGUAAUCGAGCGGGACGUCGCGGGGCAGUCAUGUGAUGUGACCCCUCCAGAGGGUGGAAAAUGGGAAUGCGAUUGCCUUUUCUGUCGACAGUGUCUUAUUGCACGCUCACCGGUCGGCUAUGGCAAAUACAUUAUAAUCCAGCUGCCCAGUGGGGGGAGGGGGAAGCAUCGGUUUGGCUGGGGGCGGAAGGUCAGGGUUCCACCCGAUCUACAAACAUCGGCGCCAAUUGGAUCUUCGAGCACCCAAAGAGCUGAUGUACGUACAUCGUACGCUUGUAUCUGCGCCACUUCUUCCCGGGGCCCCCUCCUUCUCUCCCAGUCGGCUGAGAGCGACGCUGUCAUGACGGUUUUCGGGCGGAAGGAGGGGGUGCAAACCAGGCCACAAUACGCUUCGGUGCCAGCCGAUGGGCACAGCGGAAUGAAGAGUCGGGAGUUGAGUGGGCGGAGAUGGAGCGAGAGAAGGCAGUGAUUACCAAGGAAGUUUGCGCUGCAUGACAUGACCCUCCCUGUACGUCGACCGUCGACGCAGGC